ACACCUUCACUUCACAUCUUCUAUUCCAACUUCAAACUCAUUCAAAUCCUCCUCUGUUUCUUCUUUCUUUCACACCAACCAUUUCAAAUCCCCUUUUCACACUCACUUUCAAAUCUUAUAUUAACCAAUGGAAAUCACUUCAAUCCCAUUUCCAAACCAAGAAGAUUACUCUUUUUUCUACACUUUCUUUCAAGAACAAGAAAACAACAACAACAACAACAACAUCAACAUCAUUGCACCCGACAUUCCGACCAACAAACGUCGCAAAUUCGAUGCGAAUUCCGGCGAAGAUAACUCUCUGAAGGAAAUUCUUAAUGCUCUUUCGUUUCUUGAGGUUCAAGAAACCCCAAUCCCAACCCCAAAUUUGAAUUUUGACUUUGAAUUUAAAGUACCCACUUCGAAUUUUGCUUCGGAAAUGUCGGAUGAGAGAGUGAGGAAGAUGCCGGCGGGGAAAUUUGGCGGCGGGGUGGCGGCGGUGGAGGAGACGGAGGCGGGGUCGAGUCAGGGCGGCGGUGGCGGGCAGCGGCGGUUGUGGGUGAAAGAGCGGUCGAAGGCGUUGUGGGACCAUUAUAAUAGUGACGAGUGUUCAAAUGAGGAGUUUAAAAAAGUGUUUAGGAUGAGUAAAGCGACGUUUAAUAUGAUUUGUGACGAGUUGGAUUCGGCGGUUAAUAAGAAGGAUACUAUGCUUCGUUUGGCGAUUCCGGUUCGUCAGCGGGUCGCGGUGUGUUUGUACCGUUUGGCUACUGGGGACCCGUUGAGAACCGUGUCGAAUUUGUUUGGGUUGGGGAUCUCCACUUGUCACAAACUUGUUCUUGAAGUUUGUGCCGCAAUUCGAAAUGUUUUAAUGCCGAAGUUUCUCCAAUGGCCUGAUUCGGAACGUAUUGAGCAAAUCAAAGCUGAAUUUGGGGAAAUCUCGGGAAUACCCAACGUUUUCGGAUCGAUCUACACCACCCAUGUUUCGAUAAUCGCGCCGAAAACCACUCCGGCUGCUUACUUUAACAAAAAGCACACCGAGCGGAACCAAAAGCCGUCAUACUCGACCACAGUGCAAGGCGUGGUUGACUCACGAGGUAUCUUUACCGAUGUCUGCAUUGGUUACCCUGGCGCAAUGCCCGACGACAAAAUCUUGGAAAAAUCAGCUCUGUCGCAAAGAUUCAGUAUGGGCCACUUGAAAAACAUAUCAAUAGUGGGUGGGUCCAGCUACCCACUACUUGACUGGCUUUUGGUGCCGUAUACGCACCAAAACAAAACAUGGAGUCAACAUACAUUCAAUGAGAAAAUUGGUGAGGUUCAAAUGAUAGCAAAGGAUGCAUUUAUGAGACUAAAAGGUAGAUGGGCAUGUUUACAAAAAAGGACAGAAGUCAAGCUUCAAGAUUUGCCGGUGGUCUUAGGAGCAUGUUGUGUUUUGCACAACAUUUGUGAGAUCAAUAACGAGGUUAUGGACGAUGAUUUGAAGUUUGACUUGUUUGAUGAUGAGAUUGUUGUUGAGGAAAAUGCAAGGGGUAAAUCGGUAAAUGCGGUCCAAGUUAGAGAUAGCAUUGCUCAUAAUUUAUUGCAUCAUAGCCAUGGAAAUACCGGCUUUUGAUGACUAUUAUAGGAUUAUAAAUUUGUUCAUGCAUAAAAUAAUUUAUUUUUGGAGUGUUAUGAAAGAAUAAUCGUAAGAUCAAUGUAAAAUCAUAUUUUUGCUUGUA